UGAACACUACAAUUUAUCAAUUUCACAAUUUGUAUUUACUUCUAAUAAUGGUAUUUAUUUUAUAAAAUAUUCUUCAAAAAAUGAUCAAGGAAGAGUAGAUAGAAAUUUGAAUGUACUUGUUAUACCUAUCCCACCUGAUUCUGAAGAUUCACAAGGCCUUAUAUAUGAUAUCAAGUUAUAUUUUUUGAAAAGAUUAGCAAAUUCUCAAU